CUGAUCGGAAAGAAAUGCCGUGUCAACACCCUCGUUGAAUCUUUUGCUUCAGAAAGUGGACACUUUGAGACUUGAGAGCAACAUAAAGUGAUCACUUGUGAGCACGUUAGUGACACAGAGAGGACAAUGAAGUCAAAACUGAAGAAAAAGAAGGCAGAGAGGAAGAAAGUGACACCUCUCCCCUCUGUGACUAAAUCAGCCAAAAUGCCACCUGGGUUACUAGCCUCGCCCUGCUGAAUUCAGCUGCUUCUGCUACCUUCCAAACCACUGCCACGUUCGAAACCGAACCGAAGAAAUGGCCGGGAUGCGCGCCGUGAGGUUGCUUUUGUCGUCCCUCCUCUUCGCCCUCGUGAUCGCCGCGGCGAGGGACAGUGUUAGCAACCAUGGUGAUGAUGAUGGAGCCGCCUUACUCGCUUUCAAGGCGGGUAUCACGAGCGGCAGAAGCUCCGGCCCACUCAGCUCAUGGAACAGCAGCACCAGCUUCUGCAGCUGGGAGGGCGUGACCUGUGGCGGCAGCAGCGGCAGGGUGGUGGCUCUGGACCUGUCCUCCCGUGGGCUCGCCGGGACGCUCCUGGCGGCCAUUGGGAACCUCACGUCGUUGCAGACGCUCAACCUGAGCUUCAACUGGUUCCAUGGGAGCAUCCCGGCGAGCCUCGGCCACCUCCGCCGACUCCACACGCUUGACCUGAGCGAUAACUCACUCUCCGGCAUGCUGCCUGACAACAUGAGCCUCUGCACCGGCAUGACGGCCCUGGUCCUCGGCAGCAACAAGCUCGGUGGCCUCAUCCCGUCCAGCCUGGGCGAUACACUGACCAACCUGAAGAAGCUCUCGCUGACGAACAACAGCUUCACGGGCGCCGUCCCGGCGUCGCUGGCCAACCUGUCGUCCCUGCAACACCUCGAUCUCUCCAUCAACCGGCUCGACGGCUCGAUCCCACCAGGACUUGGAGGCCUCGGUAGCAUCUCUCUCCUUGAUCUCUCUGCAAACGGAUUCUCCGGUACGCUCCCAAGCUCUCUCUACAACCUGUCAUUGCUGACGAGCCUUCAGGUUGAGGGGAACGCGCUGCAAGGGAGCAUCCCUGCCGACAUCGGCGACAGGCUCCCGGCCAUGGAAAAGCUUGUCCUGUCCCGGAACAGAUUCAGCGGCGCCAUCCCUCAUUCAGUCACCAACCUCUCCUCUCUCGCGACGCUUCGCCUCGGGUGGAACCAGUUUAGCGGCUACGUGCCUCGCACGCUGGGGAGGUCGCAGGAUCUGCGGUACCUGGAGCUGGCUGGCAACAGGCUUGAAGCAGACAACAGCAGGGGAUGGGAGUUCAUGGAUUCACUUGCAAACUGCACCCAGCUACAGUAUCUGGCCCUCGACAACAACUCCUUCAGAGGGCAGCUGCCAGGUUCAGUCGUAAACCUCUCAACAAGUCUCCAGAAGCUUUUCAUAGGCUACAACAACAUCUCAGGGGAAAUCCCUUCAGACAUCUCCAAUCUGGCAGGCCUGAAGGUGCUGCAGGUAGCAAAUACCUCCGUGUCAGGAGUUAUUCCAAAGAGCAUCGGGAAGCUAGCAAACCUUGUCAUGUUCUUCAUGUUCAACAAUGCCUUGUCAGGCCUCGUGCCAACAUCUGUCGGGAAUCUCACCAAGUUGAACUGGAUACUCGCGUACAAUAAUAACCUGCAAGGACCAAUCCCAGCGAGCCUAGGGAGACUCAAGGACCUCAACAUUCUGGAUAUAUCCAAAAAUCGCCUGAAUGGCUCCAUUCCCAGAGAGAUCUUCAAACUGUCUUCGCUUUCUAUACAACUAGACCUGUCAGACAACUCCCUUUCUGGACCCUUGCCAUCAGAGGUUGGUAGCUUGACUAACCUUAAUUGGUUGGUACUAUCAGGAAAUCAGUUAAGCGGUAAGAUACCUGAAAGUAUCUCGAGCUGCACGGUCCUGCAAUACCUGUUAUUGCAUAAUAACUCAUUUGAAGGAAGCAUACCAACAAAUCUGAAGAAUAUAAAGGGGCUCACCACGAUAAGCUUGUCAAUGAACAAGUUGUCCGGUACGAUUCCCGAUACCUUCGCUGGAAUUGCCACUUUGAAAGAGUUGUAUCUGGCACAGAACAACUUGUCUGGGCCAAUCCCAGCUGUUCUACAAAAUCUGACGUUGCUGUCGGUGCUAGAUUUGUCGUUCAAUAAUCUGGAAGGUGAAGUGCCAAGUGGGGGCGUCUUUAGAAACCUAACCUAUGAAUCGGUCGAGGGAAACAGUAAGUUGUGUGGUGGAGUACAUCAGCUUCACCUGGCUUCAUGUUCCUCCUUAUACCCUGUGAGAAAUCACAAAAAGUCUCUUGUAGUACCUCUCACAGUAACAGGGUCACUCGUGCUACUAGUUUCAGUUAUUGUUAUUGUUUGGUUACUCCACAGGAAGCUCAAAGAAAGUAAGGAGUUUCAUAUGCUACCUUUAACCAUUGACAAACAUCAGAGAGUGUCUUAUCAAGCAAUUUUAAACGGAACUAACGAGUUCUCAGAUGCCAACUUACUUGGUAAAGGAAGAUUUGGUGCUGUUUACAGAUGCACCUUGGAUGAUGAGGGUACAGGUACAAAUGUGGCCGUAAAGGUGCUUGAUCCCCAACAAUCAGGAUCUUCCAAGAGUUUUGAGGUUGAAUGUGAGGCAUUGAGAAGAGUGCGUCACCGAUGUAUCCUAAAAAUCAUCACCUGUUGCGCAAGCAUCAGCCCCCAAGGUCAAGAGUUCAAGGCUCUGGUUUUUGAGCUCAUGCCUAACAACAGCCUAGACAGUUGGCUUCAUCCUAACUCCCAAGAGCCGGCUCCAUGCAGUACGCUCAGCCUGGCUCAGCGGCUGGACAUUGCCGUUGAUAUCCUGGAUGCACUGGACUAUCUUCACAAUGACUGUCAACCACCAAUCAUCCACUGUGAUAUCAAGCCAAGCAACAUACUUCUCGCACAGGACAUGAGUGCACGUGUGGGAGAUUUUGGCAUAGCAAGAGUUCUUCCUGAGAAUGCAAGCCAAACCAUGCUGAAUUCAACUAGAUCCGCAGGAGUACGAGGUUCCAUUGGCUACAUUGCUCCAGAGUACGGGGAAGGAUCUGCUGCCUCACCUCUUGGCGAUGUUUAUAGCAUUGGUAUAUUGUUGCUUGAGAUGUUCACUGGAAGAAGUCCCACAGACGACAUGUUCAAAGGUUCACUGAAUCUGCAUAAAUUUGCUGAGGCCGCUCUUCCAGAUAAAGUCAUGGAAAUAGCAGACCCAGCAAUCUGGAUACACACAGAGGCAAAUGAUACAGGUGUAGCCGACACCGGCACUGCACGAACAAGAACUGAGGAAUGCUUGGUUUCUGUCAUGAGUGUUGGCAUAUCCUGCUCAAUGCAACAGCCCAGGGAGCGAAUGCUGAUAAGGGAUGCAGCUUCAGAGAUGCGCGCAGUCAGAGAUGCAUACCUUAUAUUUGCCAAUUCACCGAUACAUCAGAGAAAAUAAAGCACCCAUGCAACUAAUGAACAUUUAGUUACUUGAGCAAUUGAUGCAGUUUGUAGCGGCGAAGAUAAUAUUUCUUUGUUAACACCAUGACGUUUGUGAAUACAUUAUACAUGGUAUCGGCUUAAGCCUG